AUCAGAACUGGGAAAAUGAAAAAGCAUAAGACGUCCGGAGUUAACACGUUAUUAAUCAUGCUUAUGUAAGCCACCUUAUUUUUAUUAUCCAAACGCCAUUAAAGAAAGAAAAAAAAAAUGUGAGACAGAUAUAUCCAAGCCUAAACAAAGUAAAAGGCACACACUCUGCCGAUUAAAAGAUCGAUUAAGCAAAAAAGUAAAACAAGUUUCGAUUGAAAUCUAGGGUUUGAUCCAUCCAAUUUUCUUCGAUCUCUUUUUUUUUUUUCUCUUUUAGUUUCUUCUGGGUUUCCCUCUUUAAACAAUUAUCAUGAACUGCGAAGUCUGCCAACUCAAAGAACUGGAAGUGGAGCAUUUUGAAAUUCGCGAAGUUUUGCGCUGCAUUUUACAUACAAUAGUGUUUCAUAGAGCAUUAGGUCUAGUUCGGCCCAAAGAUGUGGAUUUGGAGCUUUUUGAAAUUACUUAUGUGCAAUGUGGGGAUGUGGAACUUGAGAAGAAAAUAGAUGAGAAGAUUGAUCAUUUCAUAAGUUGGGUGGAAAAACAUCCCAAUAAGAAAAGUCAGAUAUGCUUAUCGUUUUAUGAGGUGAAAAGCAAGCAGCCAUCUUGGUUCACUAAUAAAACCGAGCGCUUAUAUUGGGAGCAAUGGUAUAUCAAUUUGAAUGUUACUCAACACCCAAAACACCAUUCAAGCAAAUCUCAUCAUACCAAACUGGUCGUUGACCCCGGAGAGAGAGCUACUGAGGAGAGAAGUUCUCGUAGAGCAAUGGUUGAAGCAUCUCUUCGAGAGGUUCUGUUUCAAAUAAUAAAGUUUGUUAAUGAGAAGAAGGACCAUGUGCCCCCCAUAUCCGAGGGUGUCAUUUAUUUUCCAUAUGAAAUUACCAUACCAAGGAAAUUUCAAUGAGGAACAUGUUUAGAAAUGGUGAGUUAAUAUUGUGCUGCCAUUACUCAGUUCAUCAGAUUCUGCGUUUGGGAUGGACAUGAUCAAGAGGAUGCUCCACAGCGGGCAUCCAACCAUGCUCAGCUGAUUAUCGGACUGGGGGCAAGAUUAUUGAACUUGGGUUAACGGUUCCUCUACUAUUCUUUAAUGCAUGAAUAGAACUUGUAACAAAGCAAAAUGCAGAUGAGAUGAAAGCUAAAGAGACACACGCAGGGUUUUAAUAUCUGAAGAUAUAAUAGCAAGGUGCAUAAUUGAAUCCAUUAUCUUGUAAAUAUUAUAGCAUCUAUUGUCCUUUUCCAUUACUUUCACUGUAUAAUACUAUUACUAAAAUUAACUUCUCAACAGUACGUGUUUAUUAUAUUGUUUUCAUGUUUAUUAAA